CAUAGGAAAGCCAGGAUCGUCAAUAGGAUUUGGGCUGAUCUCAGGAAAGUAUGCACCUGACCAGAGUUGUAAAAAGCAGACUAGUUAGCAUCGAUUAUUUGCAUUGGCAAAUCAAUUAUGCGCACAAAAAAUAAAAGAAAAAUAAAACCAAAACCACCCUUAAAUAAAAUUCUUGUCGAAACCUUUUCUCGUUUCCCAAAUUCAUAACCAAAACCUCUCAAUUUCUCACUGAAAUUCCAAAACCAUCCAUCAAAUCUAGUCUAAUUCUUCAACAAUUUCCCUUCAAUUCCAUGUAUAAUUUCCCAAUUUCGAUUUACUUUACACAAUGACCAACACCAUUAUACCCAAGUCCGAGACGAGCCCUCUGGUCUCGCCGUCGUCCUCCCGUUCGGUCACCGAAACGGUGAAUGGCUCACACCGCUUCGUGAUCCAGGGUUAUUCGCUCGCCAAGGGAAUGGGUGUGGGCAAGCACAUUGCGAGCGAUAAUUUCACAGUAGGAGGGUACCAGUGGGCGAUAUAUUUCUAUCCCGACGGCAAGAAUCCGGAGGAUAAUUCAGCGUAUGUCUCAGUCUUCAUCGCCCUUGCCAGCGAGGGUACUGACGUCAGGGCAUUGUUCGAGCUCACGCUAGUUGAUCAGAGUGGGAAAGGGAAGCAUAAGGUUCAUAGCCAUUUCGAUCGCUCUCUUGAGAGUGGCCCCUACACCCUUAAGUAUCGCGGUAGCAUGUGGGGUUACAAGCGAUUUUUUAGACGGGCUUUGCUUGAAACAUCUGACUUCCUCAAGGAUGAUUGCUUGAAAAUAAAUUGUACUGUUGGUGUAGUAGUUUCAGCAAUAGAUUGUCCACGGUUGCACUCAAUUCAGGUGCCAGAGUCUGAUAUAGGAGCACAUUUUGGCAUGCUGCUUGAAGAUAUGGAAGGUUCAGACAUUACUUUUAAUGUGGCAGGGGAAAUGAUCCGUGCUCACAAGUUGGUUUUGGCUGCUCGAUCUCCUUUUUUUCGGUCUAAAUUUUUUGAUGCCGAAGAAGAAGACAAUCAAGUGGUUCCUAUUAAUGAUCUAGAACCUAAGGUUUUCAAGGCCAUGUUGCAUUUCAUAUAUCGGGAUACUCUCACUGAAGAUGCGGACAUGGAGACAUCCAGCUCAUCUUGUAUUUCCUCAAUUUCUGAAACAUUGACGGCAAAACUGUUAGCAGCAGCAGACAGGUAUGGUCUGGACAGACUCAGAUUGAUGUGCGAGUCUCAUCUUUGCAAGGAUAUAUCUGUGAAUUCUGUCGCCAGCCUUUUGGCCUUGGCCGACUCUCAUCAUGCUACAGAAUUAAAAGCUGUCUGCCUAAAUUUUGCUGCUGAAAACCUUGCAGCUGUGAUGCGUUCAGAUGGCUUUGAGUAUCUCAAGGAGAAUUGCCCAUUGCUGCAAUCUGAGCUGCUGAAGACAGUGGCUGGUUGCGAAGAGGAUUGCAGUAGUGGUGGAAAAUCUCGUAGCGUAUGGGCCCAACUUUCAGACGGCGGUGAUACCAACGGCAGGAGGGUGAGGCAAAGAACCUAAUAUCUGAUUAUUAGUCUUUGUAAAUGCAGAUGAUGAUUAAAAAAAAGGGAAAAAAAUAGAAAAAAGAAAUUAAAAAAAAAAACAAACAUUUUGUAAUGUGGCUGGAGUUGCUGCCACUCUGUUGAUGCAUAUACAUAAAGUACGGUUAACUGGUGUAGUUAGACUGGGUGUUUGUUGUAAGCUGGAAGAAGUGAUAACUUUGCUGUUCACUAAUGGUUCCACGUAGGUCUGCUCUGCUAUUUUCUCCCUGUAUUGUUAACAAUUCUAAUCUAUCCAACGGCAGAGAAAAUCUGUUUUCCUUGUUUGCAA